AUGAACGAAACAAUCUUUUGGCAGAGUGAUCUCUUGCCCUCACUGAACGAUGUAAUGUCAACACACUGUGAUUCCAUAUUCGAUCCUAUACUAGAUACAUUAAUAGACACAACGGAAUCCUCCUCAGCCUCCUUCGUCGACCAUGUCCCAUCAUUAUGGUCGCCAACAUCAAAAUUGGAUCCCGUUGUGACUUCCAGUACCAGUGUACAGGGCAUCAAUGAGGCGUUACCUCCAGCUCCGACUAUGACAGAAGCUCCAAAUUCAUUGCCUGAUAACGAUGUAUUUGGAUUCAGGAACUUUAGCGAUACCUUUGACUUUGUUUCUGCAUGUGAUCUGGCACGUGCUGCUGCCAAAUUGGAUGAACCAGAAAAAAAGACAGCGCAAGACAAGAUACAGCAGAGUCUCGAUGUCUUGAUGCAAUUCAGUCUAGAAUCUUCACCUGAUGUAAAUCAAGUGUCGGCUUUUGGUGUCGUCUCUAUCUGUGUCGGCUUUACGGUGUUGGGCCAAGGACGCUUACAAGUUGAAGAUGAUCUUGUUUGCUGGGAAGGUAUACUACAUGACUUGGUAUCGAAUAUACAGCCAAAAGACGUUUGCUUGAAGAUACCAUUAGACAUACUAUCGAAUAUCCGAUCUAAAACACUACCUGACGAGGAUCCGAUGCUCUUGUUGACACUAAAUGAUAGCCUGUUCAUGCAGUUUUGCUUCGAGUCAGACACAAGUGCUCAUGAGUGUACGGAGCUAUUGCAAAGGAUGGCACGUGGUAAAGCACCUAUUCGUGACGGUCCUGGCGGCCUCACCUCGCAUGUUUUGCCUGCAGAACCUCGGCCACGUCUAACCCAUAGCCAAACACCAAGACAUAAAACGAAUACCACUUUUGAUCACUUAAAAAUAACCCGUACUACCAUCAAAUCUAAAUCCUAUAUGUCCUUGCCACUUUAUGAUCCCAAAAAUAAUAUUGAUGAUGAUUCAGACGAGAGAGACCAAGAUGAUGACUUUGAGGAAAAAGAGGAAUACAGGAAACGUGUGCACGAAGCUGCGUUGAUACGAGAUGGUAUAAUAAAAGCUGCCCAAGAAGAAUUUGAAUCAAAGAAACAUCAAAUACGUCAAGAAAUUGAUCUUCGUAUUAAGGAACGUAAACUCAACAACGACAGAACUCAACCCAAACUGCAAACGACGGACGAAAACUGUGCUCGACGUGUAGCAGUCGACUUACGACACCAAAAUGUCCAUGGGACAGGGUAG